UUUCCGAUUCCUUAUCCUUGACUAUAUAGCCUCUUUCUCAAUCGUCAAUUACCGAUUUAUUGAGCUACGCACACCCAGGCAUCUUGCCCUAAGCUGUUUACCUUCCCGACUACUGAUCCCAAACCAAUUGCCGCCGAUCUCGCCUCUCGCCCAGCACGGAGUCGCCACACGCACACUGUUGAAAAUGGUGGCUACCAGAGGCCGGAGAAAGUGUGCAAGCUCUGAUGUGACCCUUGAGGAGAACAAAGCUGCUGAAAACGGUCCAGCCGAGACACAUUCUGCUUCGCCGACAGUGGAUGCGAUAGAGCCCAAGGAGGAUGCUCAAUUGGAUGAAAACAAAGACUUGCUUACUGACAAGGCAAGCAAUAAGAAUUCCAGUGAAAUACCCGGAGGAGAAGGUGAAAAAGUGGCACAAGUAGACAAUGAACAUCCGAGUACUCCAGAGACAGAAUCAGAUGGAGAUAAUAAGGCAGAACUGGGUGAAAAUAAAGCAGAACUGGGUGAAAAUGCUUUUGAAGAUGAUGAAAUAGAUGAUCGUGAAGCUAUGCUGUGGGGGGAUGAGGAUGAAGCUUUUGAGCAUGACAGUGAAGAAAGAGUUCUUGACGAGUAUGAGGUUAGUGAGGAAGAGGCUACAGAUGAGGAUGACGAGGGUGAUGAAGUUAGUGAGGAAGAGGCAACAGAAGAAGAUGAAGUGAGUGAGGAAGAAGCAGUAAAAGAAGAAAAUGGCAAAGAAAAUAGUCAAGAAAAAAAAGGAAAUGCAGAACGAGAUGCAAGGAGCGCCAAGGUGAAAGAGGAUGGAAGGGAUGCCAAGGUAAAAAAAGAUGGGAGGGAUUCUAACAAGGAUGAAUCAAAAGCCAGUUUGAAGAACAUCAAUAAGACAAAUGAAAGUAGCAGAAAGAAAAAGGGACAAGCUAGCAGGUUGAUAAAAGUGGAUUCUGAAGAUAAGCCAGAGUCAUCAAGCAAGAGAAAGGUGAAGAAGAGAGUGGAAAGCAUGGGAAUGAUUUUUAUGUGCAGUUCAGGGACAAAGAAAGACUGCUAUCAGCAUAGAGUUUUUGGUCUGCCAGAAAACAAGAAAAAUAUUGUUGAAAAGAUUUAUACUGGUAUGCGACUCUUUCUAUAUGACACUGAUCUGAAAUUGAUGUAUGGAAUCUACAAAGCUGCCGGACCCGGGGGUUACAAUAUCGAACCCAAUGCCUUCAAAGCAAAGUUUCCAUCUCAGGUUCGCUUCAAAGUUUUGGAAAAUUGCUUGCCAUUGCCUGAGGAGAAGUUCAAGAAGAUUAUUGAGAAGAAUUACUUUACCAAAACCAAGUUUGACUGCCAACUGAACUCAGAGCAGGUCAAGAAACUAUGUAGGUUGUUUGUUGCUUCGAGCAAAGGGCGUCCAUCAAAAAAGUUGGGUGCGAGUCUCAAAGUAGAAAAACGCCCCAUACUCCGAGAGAGUAGUAGAAGGCAGAAAACAGGUGAUAAGAGACCUCUUCCAUUGAGGGAGGAGCUCAGAAACCCUGAGCGACCUCGUAAGCGUCAGAGGAAGGUUAUGAGCUCAGCAGCUGCUGCACCACGUCGACGUCUUCCACCACCACUGCCUUCUACGAUUCCUUCCUCAUAUGGCUAUGAUAGGGCUUUAGGCACAGAUGCUUAUAGGCGAGAUCCGUAUUUGGAGCGCCGUAGCCCUUACAGAGAUAGGCAUGAUCGGCACCUAAUUCAUGUGGAUCCUUAUGGAGGUGUGCGAGCUCCACCUAUAGAACGUAGUGAUCGCUACAGAGACGGGCACGACCCUCCUCUAGAGCGUCAUUAUGCUUACAGUAGCAGCCGAGAUUCACAUAUAGAACGCCGUGAUCCUUACAUAGAUGGCGUGGACCCUUAUCCAAGGAGGCGUGAUCCUUACGGAGAAGGAAGGGCUUUGGAGCCUCGUGAUCCAUACAGAGAUGGACGGGAUCCAUACAUAGAGACACGUGAGUCUUACAGAGAUGGGCGAGAUCCAUACAUAGAAAGACGUGAUUCUCUUAGAGAUCGACGAGCUCCGUAUCUGGAGCACCAUGUUCUGUACGGUGACAGUGCACAUUCUGAGCUUUAUAGCACAUACAGGAGGCCUCCAUUAUCGGAUAGCCGUGAUGUUCAUAUAGAUGACCGAGGGGUUGAGCUCCGGGACUCCUAUAGGCGGGAUGAACUCAGGUAUGAGUCGGACUCAAGGAAUCGUCAGGACAUUGUUAGCAACGAUGCUUAUGUUUCAAACAGGGAGCGGUUAUCCUAUGCAGACCCUCUGUAUCCUGCAGCAUAUCCGUCCCGGGCAGGUUUGUAUCGUCUUUAGGUUUUCUGGUUGGACCUUGUAAUAAAAAUUCUAGCGACGGUAUGAAAGCUGAGACAUUAGACUCUGGGCUGUUUAAUAAUUUACCAGAUUUUUAUGACAUUAGACUUCUCUUGGUUGUUUAAUGAUUUACCAGAUUUUAAUGGUAGUGGCUGCCAUUACAUUUA